CACUUCUGUCCAGUCUAGAAAGUCAGGUUUUUGUACCUUGGGGAAGGAAAUUAUAAAUGCCUAAGAGUAUGAUAUUUAACUUGAAAAUCUGUUUUUGCUUUUUCUUAAAACACCACCUUCAGCGGAGUAAAGAAUUUUAAUAGCUAGGUAUAUGAGGGUAAAGAUUAGAGGUGAAUUAUGUGCUUGUUAAAUUCAUCUGUCUCUUUUAUCAUCUCUCCUGUGGAGUAUUACCCAGUGUUAAUUGUCUUCCUAUUAUCCAGCCCUUUUAUCCCAGAGUGAGGGAAUUGAUGAGGAUAUGUGCAUUGUGUUAUGUCUGAUCACAGUUUGACUAGCACAGUCUGGAAGUGGGUUGUACAGGAUGAGAGCAGCAGCCUAAUUGCUCUCCCUGCAUCAGCAGCAUCUAUAAAGCAUCCUGGGAAUUGCUCGCCCCACGUUCAGAGCAGCUGGUCACAUGAGCCUGGAUUUUCAGUUCAGUUCAUUAGUCAGCCAUUUUGGUCAACACCCUGCUUACUGCGCACAACCAAUCCUAUUAGAACUCAGCAUCCCGGCUCAUCUGAGCAGAUCCUGGAAGUGAUUUCUGCAGUUCAGGAUUUUUUUUAAGCUAAAUUGAAAAUAUUGGUUUAUUUUUCAGGGUUGUUUUUUUUUGUUGUUUUUUUGUUUUGUUUUGUUUUGUUUUUUUCCUGCACAAAGGAGGAUUUUUCACUUACUCAUGCAGAGGCCAGUUUUUUAAAGCCAGCUAAGGUGGCAUCAGCUGUGCAGGAUUUAAAGCCGAUAGCUCAGCUGAAAAAGGAGGGGGUAGGGAAGAGAAGAUAAAAGGAGAGAAGCUAGGAGAAGACCAGGCAUCAUCUUAUUUUGCUAUGUGGUAGGAACUAUCUAUGAGAAAAGAUAGUAUUAAAUUGUUUAUCUUGAGCAAUUGCUUCUUAAACCGUAGGCAUUUUUCCUUGUGAUUUGUUUUCAUCUCCCCCACCCCUUUUCUUGAGAGCUUUGUUCCAGAGCUUUGGAUUUGGGGUUUUUUGGUGAGGAGGUUUUAUUUAUUUUUGUUGGGGUGAGUGUGUGUGUGAGUGUGUGUGUGUGUGUGUGAGUGUGUGUUGUGGUCCCAGCUGAGUCAUCAUGUCUGCUCUGACGCCUCCAACCGAUAUGCCAACCCCCACCACUGACAAGAUCACACAGGCUGCCAUGGAGACCAUCUACCUUUGCAAAUUCCGAGUGUCUAUGGACGGAGAAUGGCUCUGCCUGCGAGAGCUGGAUGACAUCUCACUUACACCUGACCCAGAGCCUACCCAUGAAGAUCCUAAUUAUCUCAUGGCUAACGAACGCAUGAACCUGAUGAACAUGGCCAAGCUGAGUAUCAAGGGCUUGAUUGAAUCUGCUCUGAACCUGGGGAGAACUCUGGACUCAGACUAUGCACCCCUCCAGCAGUUCUUCGUGGUGAUGGAGCACUGCCUGAAACACGGCUUGAAGGCUAAGAAAACUUUCCUUGGACAAAAUAAAUCCUUCUGGGGGCCUCUAGAAUUGGUAGAAAAGCUUGUUCCAGAAGCUGCAGAGAUAACAGCAAGUGUUAAAGAUCUUCCAGGACUUAAGACACCAGUAGGCAGAGGAAGAGCCUGGCUUCGUUUGGCAUUAAUGCAAAAGAAACUCUCAGAAUAUAUGAAAGCUUUGAUCAAUAAGAAGGAACUUCUCAGCGAAUUCUAUGAACCCAAUGCCCUCAUGAUGGAAGAAGAAGGAGCCAUAAUCGCUGGUCUCCUGGUGGGUCUGAAUGUCAUUGAUGCCAAUUUCUGUAUGAAAGGAGAAGACUUGGACUCUCAGGUUGGAGUUAUAGAUUUUUCAAUGUAUCUCAAGGAUGGGAACAGCAGUAAAGGUAGUGAAGGAGAUGGCCAGAUUACUGCAAUUCUGGAUCAGAAGAACUAUGUAGAAGAACUCAACAGACAUCUAAACCUGAAAAUUAUAUCCUAGCAGAUCAUGAAUUAUCCUGUGCUAAAAAAAAGAUUAAAAAAUUUUUUAAAUUUUUUUCAACAGCUUGCAGUUGCAAACAAUAGGAUUAUUACCCUACAAGAAGAAAUGGAACGAGUUAAAGAGGAAAGCUCCUACAUAUUGGAAUCCAAUCGGAAGGGUCCUAAGCAGGACAGAACUGCAGAAGGGCAAGCACUGAGUGAAGCCAGAAAGCAUUUAAAGGAGGAGACACAAUUGCGACUGGAUGUUGAAAAAGAACUGGAGAUCCAGAUCAGCAUGAGACAGGAGAUGGAAUUAGCUAUGAAGAUGCUGGAGAAGGAUGUCUGCGAGAAGCAGGACGCCCUGGUGUCGCUGCGACAGCAGUUGGAUGACCUCAGGGCUCUCAAGCAUGAACUUGCCUUUAAGCUGCAGAGUUCAGACUUAGGAGUAAAACAGAAAAGUGAACUAAACAGUCGUUUGGAAGAGAAGACUAAUCAGAUGGCUGCUACCAUCAAACAACUCGAACAAAGAUUGCGCCAGGCUGAGCGAGGCCGCCAGUCUGCCGAGUUGGACAACCGUCUCUUCAAGCAGGACUUCGGAGACAAGAUCAACAGUCUGCAGCUGGAAGUAGAGGAGCUCACCAGGCAGCGGCACCAGCUUGAGUUAGAACUAAAACUGGAAAGAGAAAGAAGGUUACAGAACAACAGGAGCAUCCCAGGAAAGGUUUCUCAGAAGCCAGAACCCAAAACGGAUGGGAAGCACAAAAUUCAAGAGGAAAAUAUUAAACCAAAAAGGCCCCUGGACGAAAGCCACAGGCUGCAGUCUCACCCUGUGGAUGAGCAGGAUCAGCCGCUGCUCUCUGAAAAGCCACAGACGUGUCAGCUGUGCCAGGAAGAUGGCAGCCGAACCAAGAUAACAGUGAAUGUGUGUAAGAACUGCAGAGGAACUUUCUGUAAUGGCUGCUCAACAAACGAACUGCCUCUUCCUUCAAGUAUCAAGCCUGAGCGAGUCUGCAAUCCCUGCCACGAGCGUCUGAUGAAACAGUAUUCCACCAGCCCAUCGUAAGACUGGAAGCCAAGACCUGGACCGGUGUCUCCACCCGUGUUAGAUGUCAGGAUCUCCUAGAGCCCAGAACUUAGAAUCAACUCCCUUGUUGAUAGGACUGAUUUAAAUAAGCCAGGUCCAGGGAGAAAAGGCAGUGGCUGGGGGCGCUGGAAGGUUUGCUCACUUUCCCUAAUGACUGUAUGAAUAAAAGUUACUCACUUGAGCCUCUCUCUUCUAAAUCUAAACCCCACCUUGAAGGCUUUAUUUUAUAACAUGUCUUUGGAGGGGCUAUUCAUUUUUAUGAAUAGUGAUAAUACUGGCGUGGAUAUAAUAGGAGAGAGGGUCCAUACAGAUAAGAAAAAAAAAAGGAAAAUGAUCAUCUCCUUCUGUUACAUUUGCAGAUUCAAAGGGGAAAGAUAAAUGUUAACUGAGAUCAAAAUGAUGUUUUAUAUUAUCCCCAGGUGCCGCUAGACAUAAACCGUUUCCUCUUCACCCCCACUACCUACCUCUUUAAAGUAUCUCUACCAAACUGUGAACCCAAACUCAGGGAAAAGAAAUUAAAGAGUAAUAUAAAUUUUGAAUGUACUUAAAACAAUGUAAUUUAUUAUAGUUUCAGGACCAGAAAGGUCCUGGCCUUACAAGUUUUCAGUAUCAGAAUAAGAGGAACAUUUGCCAUUUCUCCACUUAAUGACUUCAAAAGUAAAUAUCUGCCCUUUUCAGAAUGUCCUCCUGCAAAAUAAAAGCCAACUCCCUUCCUAGGCCUUCCCUGCUCUCCCAAGUCAUAAUGAAAAUUGUGUUUUAAAGAUAGGGUUUGACUUUGCAGAUAGGUAUUGAAAGCAAAGCUUAGUCAGGUGUAAAGUAAAACAAUUUUAAUUUGUCCAAGGCUGAGAUCAAUUAGCUCAGAAUAUUUAUUAAAUUUUUUUGAAUAAAGGCUACCUUCUUCUGAGCCAAGGAUUAGAACUGGUAGGUUUGUUGUAAAGUGUGAUAAUUAAACAUCUCUUCAUAACAAACCCUUUGGGGAAAAGAGGGGGAAGUGCAUUCCACAAGGGAAGAAAAACAGUGGUAUGUGCUAUUUUGAUUAUGUUAAAUGUGUCUAGAUUGUUGAUUCCAAUUAAGACCUAAGAAGAUAUGAUUCUGUAACUGGUUUAGAAUUCUGGGGUGGAAACAUCCUGGAACCAUGAUACUUGAUAAAUUCUCCUCAAAAGGGUUAUAGCCUGGGAAAGACUUGUUAUUCCAGAAGUCUGGCCUGUUACAUGGUGAAGCUGAGCUUUAAGAGUACUAGGGAAAAAUAAAAUCUAAUAAUUCUA